GCAAAGGGGAAGGAGAGAGAAAUACGAAGGGGUGUCUCUCUUGUUCUUUCUCGAGUUCAGCGAAGACUCAUUUACCCAAGAGAGACGCGUCAGGGAGGGAGGUACAGUGUGAUAGUACAUUUUUUCUGUCUUUGCUUCACUCGCACCCGAGUGGGAGACAGAAGGAGAGAGACAAGAAUAAUUUAGAUUCAACCGCCAAAACAGAGACACUUCAUAAAACAAAAAAAGAAAACGCUACAACCAGGAAGAAGCCGCUGUGAGAAAUUGUAAAAUUCUAGUGACCCCACCCAAAAAGCUAGACAGCGAACGAGUGAGAGAGAGCAGAGUCAAUAAAAAUGAGCAGUCCACACCCACGCCUCCACCAGUCGAGCGCUGCCGCGAGUGUUCCAGUUUCCAACGCUGCUCUCGCCCCGGACAAGGACGCAGACAUGCCCGCUACGGAGAAGGAUCUAGCGGAGGACGCACCGUGGAAGAAGAUUCAGCAAAACACCUUCACACGUUGGUGCAACGAACACCUGAAAUGUGUCAACAAGCGCAUUGCCAAUUUGCAAACCGACCUCAGCGACGGGCUGCGUCUGAUCGGACUGCUGGAAGUGCUCAGCCAGAAGAAGAUGUUCCGCAAGUACAACCAGCGCCCCACGUUCCGUCAGAUGCAGCUGGAAAACGUCUCAGUGGCGCUUGAGUUCCUGGACAAAGAGAAUAUCAAACUAGUGUCCAUAGACUCCAAGGCUAUCGUGGAUGGGAACCUGAAGCUGAUCCUGGGCCUGAUAUGGACGCUGAUCCUGCACUACUCCAUUUCCAUGCCCAUGUGGGACGAAGAGGAGGACGCCGACGUGGGCAAGCAAAAGACACCCAAGCAGAGGCUGCUGGGAUGGAUCCAGAACAAGCUGCCCGAGUUGCCUAUCACCAACUUCAACCGCGACUGGCAGUCUGGCAAGGCCCUGGGAGCGUUGGUUGACAGCUGUGCUCCAGGACUGUGUCCCGACUGGGACUCGUGGGACCAGACCAAGCCUGUGGACAAUGCCCGUGAAGCCAUGCAGCAGGCUGAUGAUUGGCUGGGAAUCCCCCAGGUCAUCACCCCAGAGGAGAUAGUGGACCCCAAUGUGGACGAGCACUCCGUGAUGACCUAUCUCUCCCAGUUCCCCAAAGCCAAGCUCAAGCCAGGCGCACCCCUGCGACCCAAACUCAACCCCAAAAAAGCCCGUGCCUAUGGGCCAGGUGUCGAGCCCACAGGGAAUGUGGUGAUGAAGAAGGCCGUUUUCACUGUGGAGACCAUCAGCGCUGGCAUGGGGGAGGUACUGGUAUAUGUGGAAGAUCCUGCCGGACACCGGGAGGAGGCUAAAGUGACCCCCAACAAUGACAAAAACAGAACCUACUCCGUGUUCUACAUUCCCAAAGUCACAGGAAUGCACAAGGUGACCGUGCUGUUUGCUGGCCUUCACAUCUCAAAGAGCCCCUUCGAAGUGGAUGUGGGCAUGGCGCAGGGAGACUCUAGCAAGGUGACUGCUCAGGGCCCGGGGCUGGAGCCUGUGGGCAACAUCGCUAACAAGAGCACCUACUUUGAUGUGUACACUGCAGGGGCUGGGGUGGGUGAGGUGGAGGUGGUGAUCGCCGACCCCAGCGGGAGGAAGGAUAUGGUGGAGUGUCACAUCGAGGACAAGGGCAGCAGCAGCUAUCGCUGCACGUACAAGCCAGUGCAGGAGGGGCCACACACCAUCUACAUCACCUUCGCUGGGGGCCAGAUCUCCAAGAGCCCCUUCAACAUCACCGUGGGAGAGGCUUGCAACCCCAGUCUCUGUAGAGCAAUGGGCCGCGGUCUCCAGCCAAAAGGUCUGCGCAUCAAAGAAACAGCUGAGUUCAAGGUGUACACCAAAGGAGCUGGCACUGGAGACCUUAAAGUCACCAUCAAAGGACCAAAGGGCCUGGAGGAGCCGUGCAAAAGGAAGGACUUGGGUGAUGGUGUGUACAGCUUUGAGUACUACCCUACCACGCCCGGAAACUACAUCAUCACCAUCACAUGGGGCGGACAGCAGAUUCCCCGCAGUCCCUUUGAGGUGAAGGUGGGGACGGAGGCGGGGCCCCAGAAAGUGCGGGCUUGGGGUCCGGGUCUGGAAAGCGGGGUUGUGGGGAAGUCCGCAGACUUUGUGGUGGAGGCCGUAGGGGACAAUGUUGGCACACUGGGUUUCUCUGUGGAAGGCCCCUCUCAGGCCAAGAUCGAGUGCGAUGACAAGGGUGACGGGUCAUGUGACGUGCGGUACUGGCCAAUGGAGGCUGGGGAGUAUGCAGUCCAUGUUCUCUGCAACAAUGAGGACAUUCAGCAUAGUCCCUUCAUGGCCGAGAUCAAGCCGUCGCCCGGUAGAGACUUCUACCCAGACAAGGUGAAGGCAUAUGGGCCAGGCCUGGAGAGCAGUGGGCUGGCCGUCGGCAGGCCGGCGGAGUUCACCGUGGAUGCCAAGCUCGGAGGCAAAGCCCCUCUGAAGAUCCAGGCCCAGGAUGGAGAAGGGAAUCCGGUGGAAGUGCAGGUGAAGGACAAUGGGAAUGGGACUUACAGCUGUACCUAUACACCCCGCAAGCCCCUCAAGCACACUGCCAUGAUCUCCUGGGGUGGAGUCAACAUACCCAACAGCCCUUUCAGGAUGAAUGUUGGAGCAGGAUGUCACCCCAACAAGGUGAAAGUGUCUGGACCUGGAGUGGCCAAGACGGGCCUGAAAGCCUUUGAGCCAACAUACUUCACUGUGGACUGUGCUGAAGCAGGCCAAGGAGACAUCAGCAUUGGGAUCAAGUGUGCCCCGGGUGUGGUUGGCCCUGCAGAGGCUGACAUCGAUUUCGACAUCAUCCGAAAUGACAACGACACCUUUACUGUGAAAUACACCCCUCCUGGUGCUGGCAGCUACACCAUCAUGGUGCUGUUUGCUGAUCAGGCCAUUCCAAUGACACCCAUCAGGAUCAAGGUGGAUCCUUCUCACGAUGCCAGCAAGGUCAAAGCUGAAGGGCCAGGCCUCAGCAGGAAUGGUGUUGAAUUAAACAAGCCUACCCACUUCACUGUGAACACCAAGGGAGCUGGCAAAGCCAAGCUGGAUGCCCAGUUCACCAGCCCCAACAAGGGAGAUGCAGUCUCUGACUUUGACAUCAUUAAUAACCAUGACAACACCUACACCGUCAAGUACACACCUGUGCAGCAGGGCAACAUGGCCGUGAAUGUGACGUACGGUGGGGAUUCUAUUCCCAGAAGCCCCUUCUCAGUGGCUGUAGCCCCCUCUCUGGAUCUCAGCAAGAUAAAGCUGUCUGGCCUGGGAGACAAGAUGACCGUGGGUAAAGACCAGGAAAUCACAGUCAAGUCGAAAGGGGCCGGAGGACAGGGAAAAGUGGCUGCCAAGGUAACAAGCCCUGCAGGCAAAGCUGUGCCCUGUAAGGUGGAGCCAGGCCUGAGCCCUGAGACCAGUCAGGUGCGCUUCAUCCCACGGGACAAAGGCCCCCAUGAGGUAGAGCUCACCUAUGAUGGUGCCCCCAUCCCAGGGAGCCCUUUCACUGUAGAGGCGGUGGCCCCUGCAGACCCCUCCAAGGUCCGCUGCUCAGGGCCCGGUCUGGAGAGGGCCAAAGUGGGCGAGACAGGGCAGUUUGUGGUGGAUUGCACCAAUGCAGGCCCUGCCGAGCUCACCAUCGAAAUCAUCUCUGGCAAUGGCACGGAGGCGGAGGUGCACAUCCAGGACAAUGGAGAUGGCACCUACACCAUCACCUACAUCCCCCUCUACCCGGGGGCCUACACACUCACCAUCCGCUACGGGGGCCAGGAUGUACCAAACUUCCCUGCCAGGCUCAACGUGGAGCCUGCCGUUGACUCCAGCGGUGUCAAGGUGUUUGGGCCUGGAGUAGAGGGCAAAGGGGUCUUCCGUGAGGCCACUACCGACUUCACAGUCGAUGCACGCGCUCUGACCAAGACUGGUGGCAACCACAUCAAGACCUGCAUCAACAACCCCUCUGGCAGCUGCACAGAUGCCCUCAUCCGGGACCUUGGGGACGGCACCUACCAAGUGGAGUACACGCCUUACGAAGAGGGUGUGCAUAGUGUGGAGGUGACCUAUGACGGCACCCCGGUGCCAAACAGCCCCUUCCGCGUGCCGGUGACAGAGGGCUGCGAUCCCACCCGUGUCAGGGUGCACGGCCCUGGCCUGCAGUCCGGUGUGACCAACAAGCCCAACAAGUUCACAGUGGAGACGCGUGGAGCAGGCACAGGGGGACUUGGCCUGGCGGUGGAGGGCCCCUCUGAGGCGAAGAUGUCCUGUACCGACAACAAGGAUGGCAGCUGCAGCGUGGAGUAUGUGCCCUACGAACCAGGAACCUACAACCUUAACAUUACCUAUGGAGGCCAGCCCAUCACUGGUAGUCCUUUCUCUGUGCCUGUCCAUGACACAGUCGACGCCUCUAAGGUGAAGUGCCAGGGACAGGGUCUGGGCACCAACGUCAGGGCUAACAUCCCUCAGGCUUUCACUGUGGAUGCCAGCAAGGCUGGAGUGGCCCCUCUGCAAGUCAGAGUGCAGGGACCCAAAGGAGUGGUAGAGCCAGUGGAGGUGGUGGACAAUGGAGACCAGACUCACACGGUGAGCUAUGUCCCCACCAGAGAGGGUCCCUACUCCAUUAAUGUCCUGUACGCUGAUGAAGAGAUUCCACACAGUCCUUACAAGGUAAAAGUGCUGCCCACUCAUGAUGCCAGCAAAGUGCGAGCGAGCGGCCCCGGGCUGAACACCACAGGAGUGCCUGCGAGCCUGCCCGUAGAGUUCACCAUCGAUGCCAAGGAUGCCGGGGAGGGCCUGCUUGCAGUGCAGAUCACGGAUCCAGAGGGGAAACCAAAGAAGGCCAACAUCCGGGACAACCAGGACGGCACCUACCUGGUCUCUUACGUUCCAGACAUGACUGGCCGCUACACUAUCCUGAUCAAGUACGGUGGAGAUGAGAUUCCUUACUCUCCAUACCGAAUAAGAGCACUGCCGACUGGGGAUGCCAGCAAGUGCACUGUAACAGUCUCAAUUGGAGGUCAUGGGUUAGGUGCUGGAGUGGGGCCCACCAUACAGAUCGGCGAGCAGACAGUGAUCACAGUGGAUGCAAAGGCAGCCGGUAAGGGCAAGGUCACCUGCAGCGUGUGCACCCCGGACGGAGGGGAGGUGGACGUGGACGUGGUGGAAAAUGAGGACGGCACCUUUGACAUCUUCUACACAGCCCCGCAGCCUGGGAAGUAUGUCAUCUGUGUGCGCUUCGGUGGAGAGCACAUCCCUAACAGUCCAUUCCAGGUCACCGCCAUGGAAGGAGCCCCUACUGAGCAGCUUCUGCAGCAGACCCAGGUUCCUCAGUAUGCCUAUGCGCCCAGUGUAGGCCAGCCAUGGGCGACUGACAGGCAGAUGGGCAUGAACGGGCUGGACGUGGCUGGGCUGCGACCUUUCGACCUGGUCAUCCCAUUCACUAUCAAGAAAGGCGAGAUCACAGGCGACGUUCGAAUGCCCUCCGGAAAAGUGGCAAAGCCAGACAUCACUGACAACAAAGAUGGCACUGUGACAGUGAAGUAUGCUCCAACUGAGGCGGGGCUGCACGAGAUGGACAUUAAGUACGAUGGCAUCCACAUUCCAGGGAGCCCCCUGCAGUUUUAUGUGGACUAUGUAAACAGUGGCCAUGUGACUGCUUAUGGUCCUGGGUUGAUCCAUGGAAUGGUCAACAAGCCAGCGGUCUUCACGGUCAACACCAAAGAUGCGGGAGAAGGUGGUCUGUCCCUGGCGAUUGAGGGGCCCUCCAAGGCUGACAUCAGCUGUACAGAUAACCAAGAUGGCACCUGCACCGUGUCCUACCUUCCUGUCCUGCCUGGCGAUUACAACAUCCUGGUCAAAUACAACGAGAAGCACAUCCCCGGCAGCCCAUUUGUGGCCAAGAUCACAGGUGAUGAUUCAAUGAGAAUGUCACACCUGAAGGUGGGCUCUGCGGCAGACAUUCCCCUGGACAUCGGAGAGCUGGACCUAAGUCAGCUGACAGCCUCUCUGACCACGCCCUCUGGUCGAGAAGAGCCCUGCCUCCUCAAGAUGCUGCGCAAUGGGCAUGUGGGUAUCUCCUUUGUGCCCAAGGAGAUUGGCGAGCACCUGGUGAACAUCAAGAAGAAUGGCCGCCACAUCCCCAGCAGUCCCAUUGCCGUCAUGAUCAACCAGUCCGAGAUUGGUGACGCCAGCCGCGUCCGUGUGUCCGGACAGGGCCUGACUGAGGCGCGCACAUUUGAGCCGGCCACAUUUGUCAUCGACACCAGAGAAGCAGGCUAUGGGGGGCUCAGUCUGUCCAUCGAGGGCCCCAGUAAAGUGGACAUCAACACAGAGGAUCAGGAGGACGGCACAUGCAAGGUCACUUACUGUCCCACUGAGCCCGGAAACUAUAUCAUCAACAUCAAGUUUGCAGACCAACAUGUGCCAGGAAGUGCUUUCACGGUUAAGGUGACUGGGGAGGGCAGGAUGAAGGAGAGCAUCACCAGGCGUCGGCGUGCUGCUUCUGUGGCUAAUGUAGGCAGCCAGUGUGACCUCAGCCUCAAGAUCCCAGAGAUCAGCAUCGCGGACAUGACGGCCCAGGUGACAAGCCCCUCAGGCAAAAUCCACAAAGCUGAGAUCAUGGAGGGAGAGAACAACACCUACUGCAUCCGCUUCGUUCCAACAGAGAUGGGAGUCCACACCGUCAGUGUGAAGUAUCAGGGCCUGCACGUCCCAGGGAGCCCCUUCCAGUUCACUGUGGGGCCCCUGGGAGAGGGUGGGGCUCACAAAGUCAGGGCAGGGGGGCCUGGACUGGAAAGGGCUGAGGCUGGUGUACCAGCUGAGUUCAGUAUCUGGACCAGGGAGGCAGGGGCUGGAGGCCUGUCCAUCGCAGUGGAAGGACCUAGCAAGGCUGAAAUCUCCUUUGAGGACCGUAAGGAUGGAUCUAGUGGGGUGUCCUACAUUGUCCAGGAGCCAGGUGAUUACGAGGUGUCCAUCAGGUUCAACGAGGAGCACAUUCCAGACAGCCCAUUCAUCGUUCCCGUGGCUUCACCCUCAGAUGACGCCCGCCGCCUAACUGUUGCCAGUCUUCAGGAGUCUGGGUUGAAGGUGAACCAGCCUGCCUCUUUUGCUGUGAGCCUGAACGGUGCCAAGGGCGUCAUCGACGCUAAAGUGCACAGCCCCUCAGGAGCACUGGAGGAAUGCUGCGUUACAGAGAUCGAUGAAGAUAAGUAUGCGGUGCGCUUCAUCCCACGGGAGAAUGGCCUGUAUCUGAUCGAUGUGAAGUUCAAUGGGUCCCACAUCCCUGGCAGCCCCUUCAAGAUCCGCGUCGGGGAGACCAGCCAGGCUGGAGAUCCGGGCAUGGUGUCUGCUUACGGGGCUGGGCUAGAGGGAGGCACCACAGGAUCCCCGUGUGAGUUUGUGGUGAACACCAGCUCGGCUGGUCCCGGGGCUCUGGCUGUCACCAUCGAUGGCCCCUCCAAGGUGAAGAUGGACUGUCAGGAGUGUCCCGAGGGCUACAAGGUCAUGUACACCCCCAUGGCUCCUGGGAACUACCUCAUCUCCAUCAAGUAUGGCGGGCCCUACCAUAUCGUUGGUAGCCCAUUCAAGGCUAAGAUCACUGGGUCAAGAUUAGUGAAUAGUCACAGCAUGCAUGAGACCUCCUCUGUGCUGGUGGAUCCAAUAUCCCGCAGAAUCUCUACCAGCCAGCAGGGGGCACCAGGAUGGGCCACCUCUGAUGCCAGCCGUGUUGUUGCCAAGGGGCUCGGCCUCAACAAAGCAUUUGUGGGACAGAAGAACAGCUUCAGUGUGGACUGCAGCAAAGCAGGGCGGAACAUGCUGUUGGUUGGAGUGGAUGGGCCCAAAGUGCCCUGUGAGGAGAUUUUAGUCAAGCACCUGGGCAACCGACUGUAUAACGUGUCCUACCAGCUGAAGGAGAAGGGUGAAUACAUCCUGGUGGUCAAGUGGGGUGACGAGCAUAUCCCUGGGAGCCCCUACCACAUCUCUGUGUAGCCCCUCCUCCACUCCUUACAUGACCCUUCCCUCCCCUCCCCCUACAACACUGAUUCUCAAUCCUGCUCCUGGGGACCCCCUGCUCCG